AGGAAGAUGGCAAUUCCCAGAUUGGCCGAAGGUGCGGAGUCUACUUUCUCAGCUCCGGGCAGGUUCCACCGUCGCCACGUGAGUCGAGCUUGUGAAUCCUGCAGGCAAAGGAAAACAAAGUGCACGGGGGAUAAGUCUGGCUGUCGCAAUUGCCGGGAGGCAGGCAUUAUUUGCUGUUAUACAGACGGCAAAAGAGAGAAAUCCAAGAGGCAGUUGGCUAGCCUAGAAGCAAAGAUACAGACCUAUGAAGAUGUUCUGAAGAACCUGAGCAGCCGAUUUGGAAUCACCAAUGAACAGCUGAUGAACUUGGCAUUGACAGAAGGGUCCACUAGCCAGGCCUUGCAAUCUGAUAUGCGAACACCUUUCCCUGAAGACAAGAGGCUUCUCUACGCCUCUAACCCCGAACUACCGUUGUUUGUCGAUCCUGCUUACUGCGUUGAUUACAUCAAAGAGGACUUCAACAAAGACGAAGUCUCCCAAGCCACAGGUUUCAUCGGUCAAAGCUCCGAAAUAUCGUGGAUACAGAAUUUAAGCAGAGAGCUCAACCGUGGGUUGGAAACUGCUAAGUCCGGCGAGACCAUGCAGCAAUCCUUACCGGAACUCGGCGGGGGCAUUAUAUCCACUUCGAAUUACCAUCUGGAUUAUCAAGAGAUGCCCAUUGUCGAGCGACCGGAGGCUUAUGCACUACCCUCAAAGGAUAUUGCUACAAAGCUCUAUAAGACAUAUCUAGAUUGGGUGCACCCUUCUUUUCCAAUUAUCGGGACCACACCAUUCGGACCACAGUUCCAAGCAUUCUUCAGCAACCCCACUUUGCGCCCAGGAAAUAAGUGGCUGGCAAUCCUAAACCUGAUUUUUGCAAUAGCUGCAAGGUACGCUUACAUAUCUGAAGUGGACUGGUCAUUAACGAAAGAUGACCACUGCGUGUACUUCUCGAGAGCGAGAAUCUUGAGCAUGGAUGAUCGACAGUUCCAUCACCCUGACUUGCAGCAGUUACAAGUGGAGGGACUGACUGCUCUAUACAUGCUCGCAUUGGGUCACAUGAACCGGGCCUGGAGACUUUGUGGGAGCGCUGUUCAAGGAGCCCUCAGUCUUGGAUUGCAUCUACGCAAUAUAGGCGAGUUUGCCACUGACACUUCAAGAGAGAUCAGGUAUCGUGUAUGGUGGUCUCUUUACAUGAUUGAUCACCGGCUCGGCAUGAUUACUGGACGGCCUUCUUGCAUAGACGAUACUAUUCACACAACACCUUUACCAGUUCCCUUUGACGAGGAUGACUUUGGAAGAGAAGAAGUGAUAUUUUGGCUAAAGCGUACACCCGGAGCAGGUUUCAGUCAUCCAGGAGGUGUCGCAAGCUUACGAUUUGAUCCACAAGCCAAGCAGCCGAUGACUGCUUCGAAGGCAACGAACGCAGUUGCCAUUCCUUCCUGUGGAUCACUGUACUUCUUUCAUCUCAUUCAGCUUACUCUAAUUGCCAAAAGAAUGAGUUCCAAGCUCUACAAUCCCGGAGUGGUGCGCUCGUCUUGGUUAGGUAUCGAGUUCGCCAUACAAGGUCUAACAUCUGACCUUGAAUCCUGGCUCUUGAGUCUCCCUAAAGACUAUGAUUUCACGAAUACGCAGUCAUCACAAGUGACACAGUCGAUAGCUCAACAAAGAAUGAGUCUGGCCCUGUUGUUCUAUAGCACAAAAGUUGGUAUCACACGGCCGUGCCUCCGCCGUCUGAGCUCAGUCAACCAAGAUGCCAAAAUCCAAGACUUUUGUAAGAGAACAGCAGCUGAGUGUGUGGAGUCAGCCUGCCAUCUACUCAGAUUAUUCCCCGAGGAUCUUGAUGCAGCAACUUUGUACAAAAUGUCACCUUGGUGGUGUGUGUUGCACUUUCUCAUGCAGGCAACCACGGUUAUCUUGCUGGAGCUCGCAUUCGGUGCUCAGCACGUCCCCGAGAAAGUCUCAAUGGUUUCUAGGGCUGCUGAAAAGGCCCACGAGUGGCUCGGUAUACUGGCAAGGACUAGUAUGGCCUCGGAGAAAGCUCGCCUACUUUGCGAUGGGUUCAUACGCCGUAUUGAACUGAAUGCAGGUGUCAACACAUCUACUUAUUCAUAUGCUGAUCAUGGUGUUGGCAGUUCACAAGGUCAUGAAAUUCCUAUGGGGGACGAUUCUCUGUCGCCUUUGCAGCCAUCAAGUAUUAUCAAUGCUUCAUCUUCUACAUAUCAGACUCCGGGAAGUCUCGACUCUAUCAAAACGGACAGAGAUACCGCCGCUCAGACUCCAUACGAUGAUGCCCUUCCUGACGGUCUUCCUUAUGACCCAAGCAGCGGGCAGAUUAUAGGCUCAUUUUUCCCUUCCAGCCUAGGACUAGACUUUGAUGUACGUGACUAUGUCUUGGAAGACUUAUGA